AUGGCAGAGCAUUGCAAGAUCUCUGCUGCGCUUGUAGCUGAGAAAAGGUCAUAUGUGCUCAAGCUAGAUGGAUACUCAAGAACCAAGGCGCUGGUGAAGACCGGCGAGUGCGUGAGUUCUGCCCCUUUCAGUGUUGGAGGUCACAGAUGGGCUGUGAAAUAUUACCUAAACAGUAUAGUGUGUGCCGACAGCAUCUCUCUUUAUCUGGUUCUUGACCCUGCUGGCGCAAAAGAUGUGACAGCGAAAUUGACGAUCAGUGUACUUGACAAGAACGGGGAACCGGUACCAUCAUUCAGCCUUCAAGAGCGCGUCUAUUUCAUCAUCAGGGCUGAUCUAGAGGGAUCGGUGCAUCUGAGAGACGAUUGUUUGACCAUCAGGUAUGAUGUCACCGUCACGGAGGAGAUUUACAAUGAAGAAACAAAGGUUCCUCCGAGUGACUUGCACUGUUAUCUGGGAGACCUCCUGAAGAACAAGGAUGCAGCAGACUUAACCAUUCAAGUCGGUGGACAGAGUUUCUCUGCUCAUAGGUGUGUCCUCGCUGCCCGGUCACCUGUCUUCAAGGCGGAGCUCCUUGGCGCCAUGAAGGAGAACUCUGGUAGUCCUAUCGAGAUCUGUGACAUGGAAGCAAACGUGUUCAAAUCGUUGCUCCACUUCAUAUAUACCGACACACUUCCUCCUGUGCUUGAGAGUGCUAGCAACAAUGGUGCUGGAGAGUUGGCGAUGGCUGGACAUCUAGCAGCCGACAGGUACAACAUUGGGAGGCUGAAGCUGAUAUGCGAGGAGAAGCUGUGCAAUCAGAUUGAUUCUAAAAUGGUGGCCACUAGUUUGGCUUUGGCUGAGCAGCAUGGUUUCCAUGAUCUGAAAGAGGCUUGUUUAAAGUUCCUGGCUGCUCCUUCCAAUUUAGAGGCUAUGAUGGCAAGUGAUGGUUUUGAGCAUCUGAAAUCUAGCUGUCCAACUGUUCUCAAGGAGCUGAUAGCCAGAAUCCUACCGCCUGAACAGAAGGCGGCAAAGGAUCUUGUCAUGGCUAUUUAG